CCCACUGACAGCUGACUUGUUUUAACCAAUGAGCGGCGAACUGCGGAGCAUGACGAAAGCAAUUGGCUGGUUCAAAAGAAAGGCGGUUUGAAAGUUAACGAAGCUUUAUGCUCUUAGUCGACAAUUUCAUAGCGGUAGUGAGGGACGUGUGGCUUCGACUUGAGAGUUGUAGUAAUACACGCAGAGACUAUGGCCGAGGCGGAUUCUGGUGAUUCCAAACGCUACGAGUUUGAUGCUCCCUCGCACGUUGUGGAUCUAAAGGAGCUGCAGAAUUCCGACAACGAGGACAAGUGGUUUGAUCUGCAGGCUGGGGAAGCAGGCAAUCACCUUAUUACCCCCACCAGAACAGACUGGUCCGUUCCCAGAAGUGACAAUCCCAAUGUGCCCAGAGCCAUUGUAAACCCCCAAGUCAAGACGGCUACAGUUGCUGCUGAUCACAGCGAAACCCCAAACUCGCCUCCUUCAAAUAUUGUGACAUCCUGGGGGGCUGAAGCUAGGAGUCCUUCAAGGCCAAGAAGGACUGCUAAUCCACCCCAUGCCAAGCCACGCAGGGUUUCAAAACGUAAAGAAGAAUCCCUGCAUGUUGCUGCACAACAGUCUGCUUCACCGCCAUCAAAGAAACACAAAAAGAGUCCUGUGGCCAGAACUGUGCGGAAAUCUAGUAGUGUCCACAAAAGUAGCCAUUCAAAUUCCAGGGCUAGAAGUGGACCUCUGAACUCCACAACACCAAAGAUCCAGGAAACAGCAUCAAACACUGAGCCAUGCAGCUCAGAAGAACAGGAGCUGGAGCGCAUCAGAAACCUCCAGAAGGAAGUAGCCAUGCAUCGCAAGAAGAACGAGGCCAGCUACAAAGCUGCUCUUGCUGGCAAUCCACCACCAAAGAAGCAGGUUUUGUCCACAACUGUGCCUAAAGAAUUCCACUUUAACACAGACACCCGCAUUAAGGGGACGUCAUCUUCCAAUACGUCCCGUAAGGAGAUAGACUUUGCAUCUCAGCUUCGAAAACCCGCUUCCCCAGCCAAGGCUGUUAGAGGUGCUACUGUGCCCAAACCAUUUAACCUUUCGAUGGGCAACAAAAGAAAACUGGAGGAGUCUGAGCCAUAUGUGCCCAUGGCCCAGAGGAUCGAACAGUUCCAGAAACGCACCCCUGAGCGCUACCAUCUGCGCAGUCGACAGAGCCAAGACAGAGGGCCAUUACCAGUGAAGGUAGACCACUUGAAGCUUACUCAGCCUCACACGCCAAAACUGAUGACCCGCCAGAGGAGCCGGCAACAAACUAUAAAGAGCAGUGCUGAGCUGGAAGCUGAAGAAGUGGAGAAAAUGCAGAACUUCAAAUUAAAGGCCCUGGAGUUAAACAAGAAGAUAUUGGAGAGUGCAGAAGACCUUAAGAAGCCAGCAGUGAAGGAGCCCACUGUACCUGAAGGAUUUGAGCUGCAGAUUGAGAAAAGGCUGCAGGAAAGGCAAGCCACAAAGAAGCCCCAGGAGGAAGAAAUGCCACACUUUAAGCCUCGACCUCUGCCCAAAAAGAUUCUGGAAGGGGUGGUGGGAUUGCCAGAAAAGAAAGUUUUGCAUCCAACUGUGCCAGAGUCGCCAGCCUUUGCCCUCAAGAAGAGGGUUCGUAUAGAGCCCAAGGUUGAGGAGGUUAAACAGCCUGCCCCCAUCAAGAUUCUACCAGUGCCUCACUAUGGCCUCCCCUUCCAGCCUAAGCUACCUGAGCAGCACAACGUGGAGGUGUGUCCCUUCUCCUUUGAAGAGAGGGAACGAGAGAAAAGGGCAUUAAAGGAGAAGAAGCUGGAAGAAAAGCAAAAUGAAGAGGUGCCACAUUUCAAGCCUCAGCCACUGCCUAACUUUGACGUUGUGGUUCUCCCGGAGAAGAAAAGGCUGGAGCCCACAAAACCCGAACCCUUCAGACUGCUCACUGAUCAUCGAGGAGCUAUAAAGACCAGUCGCUGGGAACACAUGAUCAAAGAAGAGCAGAAGCAACAGGAGGAUGCAGGGAUAUUCAAAGCCAGACCUAACACGGUCACUCACAAAGAGCCCUUCAAGCCCAAAAAGGAGGCCCGCUCUGCAGUGGAAGGCAUUAAUUCUUCCACAGUUGUGGAGGCAUUUGAGCUGUCGACAGAGCGGCGGGCCAGAGAGCGCCAGGAGUUUGAGCGACUGGCCAGCGAGAAGGAGGCCCGCAGGGCACUGAUGGAGGAGGAGCAGAGGCGAGAUGAGGAGGAGAAAGAGAAGGAAGCGAUCGCCAGACUGCGGCAGGAACAGGUCCACAAAGCUCAACCCAUUCGACACUACAAACCUGUCGCAGUGAAGAAGAGUGAAAUCGCCCUUACAGUGCCCCAGUCGCCCAACUUUUCUGAUCGCUUCCGCUUGUGAAAAGCCUGUGGUAUCUCUUGGUCUAUGUGUAGUACAUAUUUUAUUUUUUAAAGCUUUUACUGAAUUGGUAAACUGUAAAUAAGUACAUUUUUGUAGCUUUGUAUCUGUUCUAAAUAUAUUCUCUCUUUUAUUCUAACAGCCAUUCAAUUAAAAUGUCAAAUUUCA